AUGAUGGAUGAAGAAACACCUACAAACAAGACAUUAUCGAUAGUCACUCCUAACAACAACAACAAAUUGAAUUCUUCAUCAUCUCCUUCAUCUACCACAUUGAAUUCUUCUUCAUCUAUAUUUGGAAAUUACAAACUCUCCUAUCCUCAUCGAAUUCUAAAAAUAUUUGAACCUAUCAUGAAUCUCUUAAAACAACCCAUGAAUCUUUACAUUAAUCACAUUCAAAGUCAAUUCUUUAAAUAUUUAGAAAAUGCAGUGAAAUUAGAGAAAUGGCAACCCUUAAAUGAAGAUGUCACUUAUUCAUCUUCCUAUAUUGAUCUCUUUACCUUUAUUAGGCAAGGAGUACCAUCUUUGUAUUCUAUUUGUUUACCCAAUGUAUUGGAAUAUUACAAACAUUUUAAUCAAUGUUUGAGUGGAUUAAUGCAAAGAUAUUGUGUUCAUAUUAUGAAAGAUUUACCAAAACCAGAAGAUUUUAUACCCCAGAGAUUAUAUCCAUGGAGUAGUGAAAGUACAAGUUAUCCUAAUAGUAGUAAUAGUAGUAAUAGUAAUAGUAGUAAUAGUAGUAAUAGUAAUCAAAGUAAUAGUCCCAAAAGCAGCCCUGGUGGAAUGUUUAAAAAAUUUUUAAAAUCCAACUCUACAAGCACCACCAGUAGCACCACCAAUUCUUCAUCCUCCUCUUUGAUGAAUGAUCUCAUUACAAAUCCUCAAAAAACUUUUCAUUCCAUCUCUUAUGAAUCUUUGUUUGUGAGAUUGGCCAAUCUUGUCAAUACUCGUAGACAAUACAUCAAAACAGUGAAAGAAUUAAUUGAAUAUUCAGAACAGAGUCGAUUAUUAUUUAUUGGAAAAUCUAAUGCAACAACACACAAUCCUACUACUCUACCAUCCAUCUAUGCAAGUGUUGAUUUUUAUUCUAAUUUAGAAGGAACAUGUGAUUUGUUAAAAGAUUUCAUUUCACAACUCACUGAAUUAAUUGGAUCUAGAAAUAUCUAUUGUGAAUUGUAUCAUAAUUUAUUUGGUGAAUUAUAUUUACCUCAAGUGAAAGAUUUUACUGUUGCUCCUAAAAUGAUUCAAGAAUAUUUUGAACCAUGUUUAGAGAGUUUAUUAGAUUUGUGUGAUGAUCCAGUGUGUGUGGAGUGGAUUAUUACAAGUAUGUUUAAACAUUUAGUGAAGGCAUUGUAUUUGAUUGUGGUUGAGGGAUAUUUAUCACCUGAUAAUGAAUUUCAUUUGAAAUGGAGAUGUUGGAGUGGUGAUGGUGGUGAUCAUAGUUCUGGUAAUAGCAAUGGUAAUAGUAGUGGAACCAAUAGUAGUCAUAAUAGUAGUGGAAGAGAAAUCUCCUCUCAUGUCUCUCUCUCAAAAAUUCUCUUGAAUGAUUUGAUUCAAAUUGAAAAAUUCUUUUACAGUGAAGGUGAAGGUAUUCCUGAUUGGAAUUUCAUUACUCACACAACGAGCCAUUUAAAGAAUAUUAUUGCCAAUGUGAUGGACAAGACAAGUGAACAAUUGAUUCAUGGAAGUAUGAAUAAUCCAUCUUUUGAUGCAGCACCAACGAAUGGUCAUUUUGGUGGUGGUUCACAACAACUUGGAUCAUCACAUCAUCAUAAUGUCUUUACCAAACAAAUCUAUUACAAGGUGUUGUAUCAUAGAAAUGAUCCAAUUGCAAAGAAAUUUAUCAAGAAUCACAAGUAUCGAUUUGAUUAA